AUGGCGAAUAAUAAUAUACACUACUUAUCUAAGCGGGCGCUGCAAAUACAGCAAGAAGAGGGCAUCCCCUCCAACAGCCCUACUAGACCCUCCGUCAGACGUGCGAGAGCAGGUACUUUACCUUCAAAUCUGGCUACAGUAGCACCUCUCCCAACUCUCAACCUCUCACAGGCUGGUUUGUCCUCGGCGGCUAUCGAAUCACUUGACUACAACUCCCAAAGACCUGGUUUAAGACACUCACAUUCUUCUGCCUUACAGCCAGAAAAAUCACCAAGAUUGCGUUCAGGUUCACUCACUUUGCCGCCUUCCUCACCCUCGGUUCAGAGGUUGGCGGAUCCUUUUGGUAGUAGAUUCUUCUACUCGCGCUCGAACUCACAAGUUGGUGCGGUCGGUGAAGAAGUCAGCAGACCCUCAGACCUCCCUUCAGAGGACGCCUGUUUGCGCACGCUUGACUAUCUCGGGCUCGACGACCCGCCUUCGAGUCCAAGCUCUCCGAAGCCAACUCUCUCAAUUCCACCGCAAGGUUUUGCCAAGUCAAUAUCACUUAAUUCACCAACAAGAUCGAGAGCUUAUACUUUAUCAACUUCGAAAGCUGCAGACCCAUUCAAGUCAUCGUUUACUGCGCCGGCUGACCAUUUACAUCCAAGCUCAGCUAACUUGAUCAACAGCAAUCCUUUGGCUGACUUUCAGGCUUUCCCUACACAGCCACAGCCCCAGGAUCCGCUUAUCAAUGGUCUCAGUAGUAGCCAAUCUUCCCGUCCGAGAGCUAUCUCUAUGGGUAUUCUCGAUGAGCCUGAUGUAAUGAGAGCUCCUGCAAGAUCAGGUGUGCCUUUCCCAGAUGCCCAGCCACAUCCACUUCAGCAAUCUUUCAAUUCCUAUGAUUUGGAACUUUCUCAACUUGAUGACCCAUAUAGUACGCUCAAUCAGGUUCAAAGUCAACAGGUUCCAACUAGGUCUCUCUGGAUUGGUGGUUUGGAUUCUCGCACGACUGCCCAAGAACUGAUGCAUGUCUUUGCCCCAUACGGUGCAAUCGAGAGUUUACGCUUACUUACGGAUAAGGAAUGUGGUUUCGUUAAUUUCGUAGAAAAGAGCGAUGCUCUUAGAGCAAGAGAUGACGUUAUGCACAGACUCGGUGGUAGAAUACCUACUUCAUCUGCAAAUGGUGGUUCAGCAUCUACUACCCCCGUCAGAAUAGGGUUUGGUAAAAUUGAUUCCCCUCAAAAUCCUCCUUCGACAUCUUCACUCUUGAACUCCUCUGGUGGUAACCUUCCAGUUCAAGUUCCAGCCAAUAUGUCAAACCAAAUCAACUUUGAUGGUACAACUGAGCAACCAACUCGUGCUUUAUGGCUUGGUUCUAUUCCAAGUACUACUACACCAGCUACUUUGUUAGCACUUUUUGGACCAUUUGGCCCUAUCGAAUCAGCUCGUGUUCUUACUCACAAGAACUGCGGUUUCGUCAACUUUGAACGUUUGGACGAUGCCGUAAGAGCUAGAAAAUCACUUAAUGGUCGUGAACUCCUUGGUCCAGAGAUUGGUGCUGUUAGAGUUGGAUUUGCUAAAGUACCUGUAAAAACAACUGGCAUUGAUGAUAGCGCUAACACGAUAAUAUUCCCAUCAUCAACUACAGCUCCAAAUGGUGGUCAUCCUCAAGCUUUAGCUCAUUCUCUUGUUGGCGUUCAAGGCGUUAGUGAUAUCUCCAUUGAACAACAACUUGCAUCAGGUCAAACAGAAAAUUACAGAUCAAAUUUAAUGAUUAACUUGUUACAAAAUGGUGCGAAAGAAGGCGUUGUUAAUUCUAUCUCACCAAAACUUGAACAAGUUAAUCCUGAAGAAAGACCAAGCGUAAAUGAUCAACAAAUGAUCAUGUCAAUUUUGAGUGCAGGACACGAAUCAAGAGAUGAAGAUAUUAGAUCAGUUUCUGAGCUUAGACCUGCUGCAACUUACUAUACAUCUAUACCGCCAGUUUUACCAGCUACUAAUGGUAUUGAUAACCAACCAAUUCGUAAAUUUGAUUCCUCAAAGUUGCGUGAAUUAAGGAAAAAACUUGAAAAUCAAGAUGAGGAUAAGAGGAGAGCUAGUACAGAUGAAGAAUUGUAUGAUGAUGAUAACUCUCAAUUUCCGUUCUCGGAUGAUCCAGAAAUUCUUGCAACUAAACCAAUGUCAGAAGGUGGUUUAAUCGAUAAUAUAGUUGACCUCGCUAGUGACUACAUUGGUAAUACCAUUAUUCAAAAACUCUUUGAAAUUUGUUCAUUUGAAUCUAAAAUGCGCAUGCUUAAUGAACUUGCACCUCACUUAGCUAUGAUUGGAUGUCAUAAGAAUGGAACAUGGGCGGCUCAGAAAAUCAUAGACUGUGCUACAACUUCACAAGAGGUUGAACUUAUAGUACAACACCUUCGACCUUUCACACCACCUCUUCUUCUCGAUCAAUUCGGUAAUUAUGUCGUUCAGUGUUGUCUGAAGUUCGGAGCGCCGGCUAACGAAUUCAUUUUUGACGCUAUGUGUGAUAGAAUCUGGGAUGUAGCUCAAGGACGUUUUGGAGCACGUUCAAUGAGAGCUAUCUUAGAAAGUUCACAUAUUACUUUACGUCAGCAGAAACGACUUGCAAUUUCAAUUAUACUUAAUUCGAUUCCAUUAGCAACUAAUCCAAAUGGUGCUUUACUCUUAACUUGGCUGCUGGACACGUCAAACUUAACAGGAAGAUAUGGAUUACUUGCACCAAGGUUUACACCACACGCAUCACAUUUAAUCACCCACAAGUUGGCUUCUUUAACAGUUUUAAGACUCGUUAAUCAAAAAUCCGAUAGGGAAGCAACAGAUAUCUUAUUACAAGCAAUAUUUGAAAGUACAAAUGAUAAUGUCUUAUUCGACGCAUUAAUGGAUCCAGCUCAAGGAGUUUCAGUUAUAACGAAGCUUAUAGUAUCACCUACUAUUGAUGAAGUAAAAAGACAACAAUAUAUGGAGUCAAUUAAACGAGUUUUAACGAAUGGAAACGUAAAAAUAAAUAACCCUGCUGCAUACAGGAGAUUAUUAGAUGAAAUUAAUUUACCUAUGAAUAAACUGAAUAUUAUUCAACCUUUAAAUAAUCAAUCUCAAUCUAAUACACCACCAAAUUCAUUUUCACCACCUAUACAAUCAAUUUACGGAGGUUUAACGCCACCAGCUAGCUUUAUGAAUUUACAAUUACAAGCUCAGGCGCAAGCACAAGCUGCAGUUUUAGGGCAUUCUUCCCCACCUACACCUGAACAUUUACUAAGAACUGGAAACCCAUUCAAUGCAUUUAGAUGA